AUGGAGCAUCAUGAUUUUUACAAGGGCCGCUCCUCCAAACGAGAGACAAUAGUAGUUUCUGCAGUUGCUUUACAGGAUCAUAUAAUACACAGUCAUCAGCUCCAGGAUCUUUCAUUAGCAGAUCCUUUUAAGUCAAGGACAAGGAAUACCAAGAACAUUUACAAACCUGUGAACAAAGAAAUGGUCAGAGCAGUAGUAGAUACUGGACUAAGAAAAAAGAGCAUUCAUCACAAGAACAAGGAAGACACAGAAAAGGAGUAUGUUCUUGAUCCCAGUCCUCCACAGUUAACAUUAGCUCAGAAACUAGGCCUGGUUGAGCCUCCUUCCUUGCCCCUAACUGAUGAAGAAUGGGUAAAAAUAAAGCAGAGAUCCAUACAGCAUGGAGACUCCGCACAGCCUUGUCCAAUAUGCAGGGAGAAAUUUGCACUUCAGCCUCAGGUGCUGCUUUCAUGUUCCCAUGUAUUCCAUAAAGCAUGCCUGAAAGCCUUUGAAAAAUUUACAGGUAAAAAGUCUUGUCCUAUAUGUAGAAAAGAGCAGUAUCAGACCAGAGUCAUACACGAUGGGGCACGCUUGUUUAAAAUAAAGUGUGCUACCAGGAUUCAAGCUUCCUGGAGAGGAUAUAUUGUUAGAAAAUGGUAUGAAAACUUGAGAAAAACUGUGCCUCCUAAAGACAGCAAAUUAAGAAAGCAAUUCUUUGAGAAAAAG